AUGUCAUCGUCUUCAGCAGAAACGGUAGGGAAGCUCAGAAUGUCAUCAUCAUCAGCAGAGACUGUUGCCAACAUCGAAGAGCUCCUCAAGCAUAUCCUUAUAUCGGUACCGGCUCUAUCUCUGAUCCGAUUCAAGUCCGUCUCCAAACACUGGCUCUCUGUCAUCUCCGACCCCGACUUCCGUCGCCGCCACACCCUCCGAAACCCUAACCCCAAAAUCUCGGCUUUCUUCUCUCCCAAAACCAAACAUGACGCCAUCAACUCCGUCAUCUCUCUCGGCAGCCCGGCCGGUAAUCCCUUCAAAGAUCUCACCAGCUCCGCCUUUGAGUUGAGGAUUCUUCAGUCCUGUAAUGGCCUCUUCCUCUGCUCUGUUGAAAUCGCCGGAGAAGAAGAAACAAAGUAUCCUCAUCCGGUGUUUGUUGUCAAUCCGACGACGAACGAAUUCCGGGCUCUCUCUGCUCCAAGCCUUGUGAAAUUGAGGAAUGUGGAUAUGUUUGUGAGGUAUGGCUUGGCUUUUGACCCUUCGAAAUCGCCUCAUUACACUGUGGUGUGUGUGAACCAUGACAUUAACCGCGGCAAGCGCCACAAUGUGGAGAUGUAUUCGUCAGAGACCGGAGCUUGGGGGAGGAGUUUCAAGGCUCGUUUCUUCCCGAGCCCUUUGGACGAGAACCUUAGUAUGAUCAGAAAGGCUAUGCAUUUCGACGAAAGGAGCAGAAAAGGGGCAGUGUAUUGCAAUGGCGCAGUACAUUGGAUAAGAAACGGACGGAAAUCAAGGUUGCCAUUGGCCGUGCGCUGCAAUGGCGAAAAGGAAUUCAUUAGAGAUGAAGUGGAUGUGUUGCGCUACUUUGACAUAGGUGAAGAAAGCUUGCGACUCACUGCUGCUAUCCCUCCUGUUCCUCUGGUUGUGAAGAAUAUGACAUUGGACAAUAACAAAUUUCCUACUGUGUUUCCCAAAUUGAGUCACAAAUACUUUGGGGAGUCCGGUGGCGGCUGUUUGUACAUGAUUGAGGUUUUUGAGCAUUGUAAGAAUCAGUUUGAGGUGAUGGAGAUGGAGAGGGACUACUCUGGCUGGAAUAAGAGCUUUAAGACAUCUGUUGAGUUAGCCAAUAGGAAACUUUUUCUAGCUUUAGAUGAUGAAUAUGAUGGUGAUCACUCUCCUUACAUGGAGACAUUAGCUUGUGUGUAA